AACGAAGAAGAAGACCGCUGUAAGCUAUCCAACAGCCUCUCUUCCAGCAUCAUCAGUCUCAACCAUCUCUCCUCUUCAGGCUUAAGGCACGCAAAAAACGGAUUCUAUUGUCAUCUGUCAACGUAAAUCUAAUAUCUGAUACCAGUAUGUCCGACAAGAGCGAGCUGAAGGCUGAACUGGAGAGGAAGAAGCAACGGAUCGCCCAGAUCCGAGAGGAGAAGAAGCGAAAAGAGGAGGAGAAGAAAAAGAAGGAUGGAGACUCAAAGCAGGCUGGUGGUGGCUCCUCAGGAGGUCAUGAAGACUCUGACCUGGAGAGGAAGAGGAGGGAGGCGGAGGUGCUGCUGCAGAGUGUCGGCAUCACCCCCGACUUAUCCCACGUCCCCGCCCCCAUGUCUCCCUCCAACAAAUCAGUGGGCAGCGAUGCGGGAAGCCAAGAUUCUGGGGAUGGAAACGCCGGACCAAGACGUGGAGCCGUGAGGCUGGGCAUGUCCAAAGUGACUCAGGUGGAAUUUGCCCCGAAGGAAUUAGUGUCCUACUGCAAAGAAACACAGACACCCACCGAGGCACUGACACACAGCGAUCAAAAAGCAGAUGAGGAAGAGGAUGAGGAGAUAAAUGCUCCCGCAGUUGCAGGGGAUGCCCAGGAGGAGAAAGAUGAACAUGACAAACAGCAAGAGGAGGAUACUCCCAAAGAGCUGACAGAAGAAGAGAAGCUUCAGGUCCUGCACUCCGAGGACUUCCUGUCGUUUUUCGAACGAGGCAGCAGAAUUGUGGAGAGAGCUCUUGCUGAGCAUGUGGACGUCUGCUUCGACUACAGUGGCAGAGAUCUAGAGGACAAGGAAGGUGAUUUGCAAGCAGGUGCAAAGCUGGUUCUCAACAGACAGUUUGCAGACGAGCGCUGGACUAGAAACAGAGUGGUCACCUGUCUGGACUGGUCACCUCAGUAUCCAGAGCUGCUGGUGGCCUCGUAUAACAACAAUGAGGACGCUCCCCAUGAGCCUGACGGGGUGGCACUGGUCUGGAACCUGAAGUACAAGAAGGGCACACCCGAGUACAUCUUCCACUGCCAGUCAGAGGUGAUGUCGGCCGGGUUUGCAAAGUUCCACCCCAACCUGGUGGUGGGUGGGACAUACUCCGGACAGAUUGUCUUAUGGGACAACAGGAGCAACAAGCGCACCCCUGUCCAGAGAACUCCCCUGUCUGCAGCUGCACACACACACCCAGUUUACUGUGUGAACGUGGUGGGAACCCAAAAUGCUAACAACCUGAUCAGCAUUUCCACCGAUGGCAAAAUGUGCUCCUGGAGCCUCGACAUGCUCUCUCAGCCGCAGGACAGUCUGGAGCUGGUAUUCAAACAGAGCAAAGCGGUGGCUGUCACCUCCAUGGCCUUUCCUCUGGGCGAUGUGAACAACUUUGUGGUGGGGAGCGAGGACGGCUCGGUCUACACAGCGUGUCGCCACGGGAGUAAGGCGGGGAUCACUGAGGUGUUUGAGGGCCAUCAUGGUCCGGUGACCGGGCUGAGCUGCCACAGCGCGGGAGGACCCGUUGACUUCUCUCAUCUCUUCAUCUCCUCCUCCUUUGACUGGACUGUCAAACUCUGGAGCACUAAGAGCACCCGUCCGUUGUACUCGUUCGAGGACAGCUGUGACUACGUCUAUGAUGCCAUGUGGUCUCCGACACACCCUGCUCUGUUUGCUUGUGUGGACCUGGCCGGACGUCUGGACCUGUGGAACCUCAAUAAUGAUACAGAAGUUCCCACCGCCAGUGUGUGUGUGGACGGCGCUCCAGCACUGAACCGUGUUAGAUGGGCUCACUCUGGUAAAGAGAUAGCCACCGGGGACUCAGACGGGCAGGUGCAGGUCUACGACGUCGGGGAGCAAAUAUGCGUGCCUAAGGCUGACGAGUGGACGCGCUUUGUCAGGACGCUGGCUGAGAUCAAUGAGAGCCGAGACGAAGCCGAGGAACUGGCCAACGUCUGAUGUUACGAUCGCCACACUGACAACAGCUCAUACAUUUCUCUCCAGUACACUACGCCACCUAUAGCACACUACCCGACACUGCCAGAGGAGUAACCUCUCUCUGGCUUCCAGCUUUUCCACCUAUCUUCUACAUGAAUUGGCCUGAGGAGAUUUGCAGAGCUAGAAUGGAUAGAAAAGACAGUUUUUGAUGGGUUUGUUAAAUGUGAGAGCUUUAGAGUACGUUUGUAGGGACGGUGAAUGUCAUGUGGUAGAAAGUUAAACCGGCAAAGGAAUACAGGGAAGUGAUUUUCAGCAUAGAUGUGACUUCUAGCUUUGAGAAGAUCCUCAGGGCUCCAGAAACUGCUCUUCUCCUGAGGCCUCAACCAACUCAGCCCUUUUUUAAAUAUGCAAACCUUUAUACUUGCACCUUUUUAUUACCAUUUGAGUGUUUUUACAUAUUUUAAUAUUUAUUUUCCAGA